AUGCAUACCAGCACUAGUAGCACAAGCAGCAGGAGCACCACUAGUAGCUCAAGCAGCAGUAGGAAUGGCGCGCGUUAUGCGUUCACGCGGCUGCACGCAAAGAAGCCUGCUUGGCACACAGCGAUUCCAGAUCGCCGCAGCAAGCGGCAGCAGCAGCAGGAGCAGCAGCAAGAUGCUCUUGCACAGCAGCAGCGGCGAGAAGCAGAGGCGGCAGCGACAAGGCAGCAGCAGCAACAGCAGGCAAUUCUCCGUCUGUCUCUGCAAGGCGCAGUCUCCUCUGCAGCACAUGCUGCAGAAGCGCUUGGAUUGCAUGCCAACCUACAAAGGCCAGACUAUGCGGAGCUGAAACACCACGCAGCGGAUGCAGUGAAGAGAGAGGCUUGGAUCUCUCCGGAGGAGAGGAGUCGCUUCGCACGGCAGCAGGCAAGUCUUAUGCAAGGCAAACAGCAAGGAGAGCAGCAGCAGCAAGGAGGGCAGCAGCAGCAAGGAGAGCAGCAGCAGCAAGGAGAGCAGCAGCAGCAAGAAAACGAUAAAAAUCAUGAUGAUACACGUGAACGCGGUCCCUACUUCAGCGGGGAUAAUGUGCAAAAUUACCAUCGCUACAAUCCUUACUGGAAUCCGAUCGCAGAGAGCUACGGACGAGCCGCGCAUAUUCCCGCGGCUUCGUCCAGAGCGCCUUUUGGCCACUCUCCUAAGAGGCCUAUCCGAGAGAGCGAUCUUGCUGCUCCUUCCGUUCCUUUCGGCUGGCGUGUGUAUGCCUGCCUCUCCCUCCUCAAGCUGCCUCCGCUGCUCCAACAGCGUCCGCAGCAGGUAGCUGCGCAUGCAGAAAACUCAGAAGCCUACCUGUGGGAAUGUCUUGCGCACAGAAGACUCCAUCUGCCGCAUCUCGCGUGGGCACGCGCUUCCACGCAGCUGCAAGACGUGGCAGGCCGUGUUCUCUCAUUGCUGCAGCUUCGGAGCAUUCGGCAGGAUCUUACCCCCAAACCGUACACGCAACCUAUCCUAGACUCUCUGCACAAGCUGUAUGACACCCCCCCCCUUCAGGAGGGUAAGUCUGAAGACCAACUCGCGGCAACAGCAAAUACACAACAGCAAAUACAACAGCGGCAAAAACAGCGAAAACAGCAGCAGCAAAAACAACAGCAACAAAUACAACAGAAGCAGACGCGCCUGUACAGUGCACAGCACAUCUACGAAUGCAAGGACGUUACUGGCGAGCACGUGCUGUUGGGCAAGCAGGAAAGGCGAUCUGCUGAGCGCGAUCGUCUCUACUGCCUUCUCGGAUUCUUCAAGAAGCCACCAACAUCUCCCCCUGCUACUACUGCUUCUGCUGCUUCUGCUGCUUCUGCUGAUUCUUGCGGAAACUCGCAUGCGCCUGCCGCACAGGGCUUGUCUGGCCAGCAAGUGCAGCAACAGCUGGCGUGCAGUGAGAGCCACUCUAGACAGAGCAACACGCGAUUGCAGUUUGCAGAUGCAGUUGCAGCUGUUGCCGCAGCCGUCCACGCCUCAAGGGUUUCACCCCCCGCGAAAGUAGCGAAUGCCGCAAGCCCACCAACUGCAGCAGAGACAGAGAAAGAGACAAAGAUGCAGACAGCCUCUUCUUUGCCAACAGCAGCAACCUCAGACGUAGAGACGGCCUCUUCUGUACCAACAGCAGCAGAUUUUCGUCUUGCGGAAUCUGCAGUGUCAAUGCUGCAGGGUGUUUUCACAGGCACACCUGUGAAGGCAGCGGCUGCAGCGGCAAGGGCCUCUCUGGCUGCAGCAGAAGAAAUCGCAGCCUCCAACAAUCCGUGGGAUAAGUCUGUCAGCCUGAUGCCUCUGGAGAAGCCUGUGCUCAAGUCUAUCCAGAGCAACGCAGAGGAGCUCAGCACGCAGUGUAGACAAGGACGCUCCCAGCAGCAGCAGCUCGAGCAGGCAGAAGAGCAGCAGCAGGCAGAAGAGCAGCAGCAGGCAGAAGAGCAGCAGCAGGCAGAAGAGCAGCAGCUCGAGCAGGCAGAAGAGCAGCAGCAGGCAGAAGAGCAGCAGCGGCAGCAGCCUGAGGAGGAGCAGUCACUGGCGGCAGUUUCUGAAGGGGAGGGGCUGUUGUUCUUCGGAGAGAAUGCGUUGGAAGCCAAGGAAUUUAUGGUGCGUGCCCCUUUUUUUCGCUUUUUCGAGUCAUGUCUUUUGACGGAGGCGAUUCAGCUCGACUUUUACGGCAAGUGCAGUACUUACACAGUCCCAGCAACGGCCAAUGCAGACGCUGCGGCUGCAGCUGUCGCAGACGCAGACGAGCUGGGGGAAGAUCAGCAGCUCGAUACGGAGGGAGAGUUUGCUGCCGCAGGAGCACUGCCAGCGUCGGCAGCUGAAGGCGCAGCUGGCCCCCCCGAUCCUGCCGUUUCCAUGCUGAAUAGAGAUCCGAAGAAUCCUCGAGGCUAUUCGCCAGGCUUUUGGCUCUAUAAGCCGGAGACGCAGCUUCUCUACCGAGAUAAAGAGACAGGCGGAUUGCUUAUGGGGUCUGGGAUCGACGGCACCUACUCAUGGGAUGCGGGGGAGGCCAGCACCAGUGGUGACAGCAGCAGCAUUGGUGGUAGUAGUGGUGGUAGUAGUGGUGCUGCUGCUCAGUCCGGAGGAACGGCUCGCAAAGAAGUGGACUCUUCCCAUCUUUCAGGAGAAGCUGGGAGACUUCCUUGCGGUCCCCCACGUUUUUCCUUGACACGUGCUGUAGGAAACAAUCCACCUGUAUGUAGUGCCCUUUCAACUUGCACUACGAAGCCACAUGUGUCUGAGGUGAUGGUUGUGUUUCGGCGAACCCUGCACCACCCUAGACGUUUAAGAGGUGUCGAGGUGUUCAGCUUGAGGGAAAGCGGUGAAGCACGAAGCCAUACACGUUCAUACGACGGAAGCGAUAAUCAUCCCACAUCGCUCUGUUAUCUCUCCACGUGGUCAUGGAGAUACCGGUUUGCAUGCAUGCAAAGUCUGGUGGAGACACCCGCCUUUCUGCUUUUGUAUACCAACGUCGUGGCUUCCACACCCGAAUGUGCGCAUGCGUACGACAGGCAUGGAAUUUCUCGCGCCAGAACUCCUCAAGGGCCGACCUGCUGCCUACAGGCGCCUUGUGCGGUCGCCUGA